UUAACAACAAACCAAAUAGUCUAACAAUGAACAAUAUAGAAUCAUAUUGUUUAUCAUAUAAAACUGGUGCAAUUGUAGAGAAUCCAAUGAAAAGUCUUCCAUUGAAAUGGAAAGCAUGGAAUACAAUAAUUGAUCGAUUACCGGAGUUAUCAAGAAAUCGAAGUUUAAGAAAAGAAAUAGAAUUGUUACCACUUUUAGAUUUGGAUGGUCUUGAUAAUCAUAAAGAAUUGAGAUUGGCACAUAAAAUUCUUGCCUUCAUAUGUUCUGUUUAUGUUUGGCAAGAUGGAGAAGGUGGAGAAACAGAGUCAUUACCAGUACAAAUCGCUGAACCACUAUUACAAGUUUCUGAUAGACUUGGUAUACAGCCUAUUCUGACAAAUGAAGAUUUAGUCUUAUCCAAUUGUAUUCCUUCAACAUUACCGACAGAAGAACAAACUUUGAGGUAUUCAUUUAUUUGA